AUGUCGCGAUCUUUUCUCGUGGAUUCACUUAUUCAAAGGGACAUGUCGCCGGCGAAGUCGACUCAAGCGGCGGCGGCGACGGCGUGCGUCGGGCACCGCGGCCCCCUCAGCCCGCUGACGGCGGCCCAGCUCGGGCUCUACCCGCGGAAGGACGCGGCGGCGAUCUUCGGACAGUGUCUGCUGUGUGUGCAGGCGACCGGCAGCCCACCGACGACGGGACACAGCCACUUCGGCGUCCCGAGAACAGCCGUGCCCACCACCGUGCCUUCCUUCGCGUCCACCCUGCCCACGACCCUCCCCACACCGGCUCUGCAAGGCAUCUCAUACGCCAUCUCCAGGCACCACACACCGGCUACAUCAGCCUUCAUCAGCAUGCCUUUCCCCUCUGCACCGAAUGAAGAGAUACGUCGCGUCGUCGCCUUUGUGAAGUCCACGGACAUGUCGCCGGCGAAGUCGACUCAAGCGGCGGCGGCGACGGCGUGCGUCGGGCACCGCGGCCCCCUCAGCCCGCUGACGGCGGCGCAGCUCGGGCUGUACCCGCGGAAGGACGCGGCGGCGAUCUUCGGACAGUGCCUGCUCUGUGUUCAGGCGACCGGCAGCCCACCGACGACGGGACACAGCCACUUCGGCGUCCCGAGAACAGCCGUGCCCACCACCGUGCCUUCCUUCGCGUCCACCCUGCCCACGACCCUCCCCACACCGGCCCUGCAAGGCAUCUCAUACGCCAUCUCCAGGCACCACACACCGGCCACAUCAGCUUUCAUCAGCAUGCCUUUCCCCUCUGUGGCUAUGUUGUGCCAGCAGUGGGCACGGCUCCAUACAACAGUAUGUAAUUCUUCCUACAACGCUUUGAAAUUUUCAUCUGAAGUUUCCAGACAUCGGAGUAUGGCCCCUAAGCGUUCCAAGAAAUGUCCAGGCUGUGACCUGGAUGUGGCGCAGCACAAGCCGGGCACCGCCGGCAAGGACUGCUCCGGGAUCGCUGACACAGAAAGUCAUGACGCCAUGGCCGCCCUGCAAAAGAGAAAGGCCGAGCUGACGCAUCUGCUCGAGUUGAAGAAGCUGGAGAUGGAGGCCCUAGAGAAGGAGCUGGCUGAGCUGACGGAGCUGCUAAAGAAUGACGAGAUGACGAAGCAGGAGGUGGAGGCCAUAGAGAAGGAGUUGGCUAAGCUGACGCAGAUCUUCGAGAUGAAGAAGCUCAAGCAUGAGGUGGAGGCCAUAGAGAAGGUGUUGGCCUCAGAGCCCGCGGCGACCUCGCCACCCCCGCAGGACAAGCGGGACGAGGGCAGGUCGGCAUCGGCGACCGGCGGACAGGCUGCCUCGGCGGCGGAGAAAGUACAGACCAUCCGAGGAGCCGGCGUCCCCCCACUCCAGUUGGGUUCGGGGGACGUUUUUCUGGCGCAGCUACGUGAAGAUGCCGCGCUCCGGACCGUCGUCUCGGCGAAGUAUGGCGACAUCCUUGGCGUGGACAAGCCGAAGCCGAAGACGGAGACAGGUAUAGCCGGAGGAGACGGUCUACCCAGAGACAGCCGGCGCAUGCGCACAGCCUUCUCCAGCACGCAGCUCCUGGAACUGGAGCGGGAGUUCGCCGCCAACAUGUACCUGUCGCGCCUGCGCAGAAUCGAGAUCGCCACGUUCCUGAACUUGAGCGAGAAACAGGUGAAGAUCUGGUUCCAGAACCGCAGGGUCAAGCACAAGAAGGAGGCGCGCGCAGCCGCAGUAGGGGCACGGGACGCCUGCCACUGUCAGCAGCACCACCGCGCAUGCGUCAGACGGCCCAGUGGACACAGCGGCACGGAGGAGGAGGAGGAGCAUGCGCAGUGCCACUCCGACGAGAACGUGCAGACGACGAGCGCGUCAACAGACACUGACGUAGACGUCAACUAGUCCGGACUGUUUCUUUCUUAUUACAAGGACUAUCAGCAAAUGUAAUUUUCAUGAAAGUUCAUCUGUGUUGGUAGUAAUCAUAGUAAAAUGUUGAACUUUAUUCCAACACAAAGAUUACACAGAGAUCACAUUUUC